UUGAGGCGCUCCAAAUUUUAGUCUCCUUUUCUUAAAUGUUGAUUAUUAACUUAUAUGUUAUCAAUUAAAUUAAAAUUUAUACUUAACAAAAACAGUAUUUUAACCUUAAAAAUAAACGAAACAAAAACUAAAAUAACUUGUAGGAAAUGAUUGAUGAUAGCCUACUAUUUCAGUUCAUAAUAAAAAAUAAAUAACACCAAAAAUACUAGCUAAUAGGACAAUAGAAAGUAGAUAAUGAUAGAGAGGAGUAGAGGAUUGUAAUCCAUUUUUGAUACAUAGAUUGUAAAAGAUUCCUUUGCUAUAUUUGGUUAUAUAUAUAUAUGGGUAUAUAUUUGUUGGUCCUACAAACAAUUAUAAGUUUACAUAUAUAAUUUAUGGAACUAUAAUAAUAAUCCACCUAUCGCUAUUCUUUAGACUAAAUAGAAAAACUCCGAAAAAUAUCAAUGGAAUAAAGCAGUGUGUAGUACUUUCCUCAACUUACAAUGACCGGUAUUCAAACUGCAAACGUGUCCGACGCGCGUCUUUAUAUUUCACUUCACACCUUGCCUUUUGCCGCUCCACAGAUCAUCCUUAGCCAUGGAACUUCACCGGACCUCUUCACUUCCAGAUAAGAGAGAUGAUUCUUCUGUGAUGGUUGAGAAAGACGUUGCGGAAUCAGUUUCAAGCUUACCGAAAGAUGUGCAAACUAACAGAGGUGGGGAGAAUGUUGUGAAGGCUGAACCUACGCAACGGGUUGAUAUGGCUGGGGAAAUUAAUAUGGAGGCUUCCAUGUCGGCUGAUGAUGUUCUACGGGCUGGAGGGUUUGGUGCGAGGGAUGAAAUUGGUAGUUUUCUUCCUGUUGCAAGUGAUUCUACUGACUUUGAGGCUACAAUUCUCAAUGCUCGAGACUAUGAAGGGCCGCAGGGGGAAAUUUCUAGACCAGGUCUUGGGUGGAAAGAAGCUACAAAAACUGAGUAGUUCUGCUUUGAGCAUUUUUUUUUGUUCAACUUCAGUCAUUUGUAAGUAUGGUUUGUUUACUAGGUCUGUACAGGAUUAUGUUUUGAAUCAAUAUAGAUCAGGAUUGCGAUCCAAUCGUAAAGAUAGAUUUUGAGAGUGAAUCUUUCAGAAUUAUGCUUUAUAUGUCCUUUGGAAGAAAGGUUAAGCUCAUAACCCUUUGGUGCACUGGACAUUUGAUUGUGAUUUUAAAUCGUAAAACUCUCACUGACAACUCAAUACCUCCAGUCCCUUUCUGAUUAAUGUUAUUAUUAUGCUUGGAUA